AUGGCUAUGCCAACUACAGCAGCAAGAACCCUAACCCGCCAACGUCGCUCUUCUGACCUUACCUCCCUGGUCACUAACAUAACCUCUUGUCUCCAAACCCUAACCCCACAAAAUCUUAACCCCAAGCACAUCAAUCCAACCCCACUAAACCAAUUCUCCUCUCACCUAGACUCUAACUUAGUCAUUGAAGUCAUCAAAGAACAACAACCCAAUCCUUACCAAGCCCUCUUCUUUUUCAACUGGGCAUCAAACCUUAACCCAAACCCAAAAAAGUACACUCACAAUCACCAAUGCUAUGUAGCCAUCAUUGACCUUCUCCUCUCCCACUCACUUUUUUCCAUUGCCAUAAACCUCCUUGAAAAACAUGGCAUGUUUUCUGAUCUUAUAGUUAGUAAACUUAUUAGAGCUUAUGGGUAUAGUCGGGAUGUGAAAGGUGCAAUCUUUUGGUUUCAUAAAGUGAAAGCGAUUCAACAAGGGAAAUGCUUGUUUUCUUGGAAUGCUAUUUUGGGUGUGCUAGUGAAGGUCAGUUAUAUUAGUUUAGCGAAGACAUUUUUUGAUCAAAUUCUGAAUGAUGCUAUUGUAAAGCCUGAUGUUUCAACUUAUACAGCAAUGAUGAGAGGGUUCUGCAAAGUGGGCAUGGUUGAGGAUGCUAGGAAAGUGUUUGAUGAAAUGAUUUGUGAGCCUAAUUUGAUUUCUUACAAUACUUUGAUUAAUGGGUAUUGUAAGAAGGGUGAUAUGGAGAAUGCAAGGAUAUUUUUUUGUAGAAUGAUGGAGACUAAUGAUUGCUUUCCGGAUACGGUUACUUACAGUACUUUGAUUGAUGGUUAUUGUAAGAAAGGGGAAUUCGAUGAAGCAAUGAAGUGGAUGGAUGGGAUGUUGAUUCGGGGUUGCAAGCCGAAUUUAUGGACGUAUAAUGCUAUUAUUUAUGGCUUGUGUUUGAGAGGAAAUGUUGAUGAGGCCAGGAAGUUGUUGACAAAGAUGAGAUUGAAUGGAGUGAAAGAAAAUGCUGUAACUCAUUUGAGUAUUUUGAAGGGCCUUUCUGUUGCCGAGAAGUCAGACGAAGCUAUUAGAUAUUUCAACAAGAUGAUUAGAAAAGGAAUGAAACUUGAUGCAAAAGAGUACGGAGUUGUGAUUAACGUGUAUUGCAAGAUGAGGAAGCCCGAUGAAGCAGCUUCCCUUUUUAAGAAAAUGCAGGCUGAGGGCAUUAGUCGGAGUGUUGGAUGUUUCAAUGCUGUGCUUAGGAUUCUUAUGGAGACUGGGGAGCUUGAUAAAGCAGUUUUUCUUCUUAGGCAGGAGAAGAAUAUGGGUUGCCUUCCAAAUUUUGUGUCAUAUAGCACGGUGAUAUGUGGUCUUUGUAGGACCCAAGGUAGGAUGCGAGAAGUUGCAGAGCUUGUAGAUGACAUGCUUCAGGAUGGUUUUGAGAUGGAUGCAACCAUGUAUAGUUGCUUAGUUAGUGGUUACUGUGAUGCUGACAACGAGAAAAUGGCAAUGCGGGUUUUUUAUGAGUCAAUUAAUAAGAAUUAUGUCAUUAAUGUGCAGAGCUUUCUGGUUUUUAUCAACCUGAUGUGUGGAAAGGGAAAAGUUUUUGAGGCUGAGCAAAUAUUAAAGGAGAUGUGUAGGAAAUGCUCGUUAGUUGACGUGGACAGUUACCAGAGUGUUUUACAUGAUCAAUUGAAUAAACACUCAGGGAGAGGAAUCUGA